AUGCAUCUAGUCAUCGUUCCAGAUCUGGGAGUAGGCAUUGCAAGAUUGAGAGAAGAUGCAGCACGAGCUGAAUUCUUCAGUCUCUAUGGGAACACAACCCUUCCGAAAUCUUACUCGAAAAAUGGGACUAUGACUGAAAAAAGCCAUAAACCGAGUCGUCUUCUACCCCUGACGCCUGGGCCAAACGCUAGUCUGAUUCGCUCUCUGGGCCGGAAGAGUGCUGCGCCUCCCUCAGAUACGGGAUUGCUCCCAGUUGCCUACAACGUAAUCCCACCUGCAUUAGAAGCAUUAGAAAACACCGGAGGCCACCUGCUUUCGUCUUUCCCCUCCAUCCGGCCACCGAAUUUUGCAGCAUCCGGCAGUUCUUCUAUCCUCACCACCUUUGACUACUCCACCACCGCCAACUCAACCAGUUUACCGGUGUCCUCCUCAUCUGAGUCCAUUUCGUCUGAUCCUUUCUCUACUUACAUCACACUACUUCCUAACUCCUCCACAUUGUCCACCUCCCCUUCCACUUUUGCACAGCCUCCCUCCCAUGCUCAUUCAUUCUCUACCUUCUCCUCCUCCUCCACCUCAUCCUCGCCCUCUUUCUCCUCUUCCUCCACGCCGCCUGAGGAGGCUUCUGCACUUCCCAGUUGGACGCAUCACACCACCGACCGGGCGGGUGCCAUACUCGGCUUAUACGAUGGUUCCAAGAUUGCUUCUCAUUCUGAACUGUCAGGGUUCAGUACUGGCGUCCUUCUACCAGCUCCAGCAACCACAUGUGUGGAUCUACUCCCCUCUUCCUCCUCUGCAACCACCUCCCCCUCUCCCUCUUAUUCUUCACUUGCUGCCCCCCCUCCGACAGCCUCUUCGAACCCACAUGUGAUGCUCCAGUGUGAAUUUUCGCCCUCCCUCAUUCACCCUGUUCUGGCUCACACCAACGAGGCUGCUGGCCAAAUUGGGACAGCAUCGGUGCAAGUUGAGCCAGUGAACGCGGUAGAAUUGUGUCCAGCUCUGGCAACUGGACUUAAGUGUCGGCCUCCAGCCUCAUUUGGCCUAGUGAGCGAAAUAGGAAAGCCCAGUCUCAACAAUCUCUCCGGAGGCUUCGUGUCCGAGCAAGGCUGCUUCUGUCUUGACCAUUCCUUGUAUCCCUCGGCGACUGCUCAUCUUCACCUCGUUCCGACCGAGCUAGCCUGCAAUCGAAGUCACGAGGAUGUCAUUGGAUGUGUAGGAGGAGAAGAUGUCUACACCCAAGUAACUCCUGGUACACAACCAGCCACAGGAAGCCCCACAUCAGAGGCGCUCGUCUCCGCUGAAGUCAGCAUCAGCCUCUCCAUGCAGAUGAGCCUACAAACGACUAGAGUGCCCGGGCUCACGCAAAACCUUCAUCCGGCCACCAUUAAGCCUUCAGUGGCACUGUACGCAAUGGCUGGCCUCGAGGCAGUUCAGCAGCACAAUCAUAGUCACCAUCAGUUGACAUGCCAACCGAAGGGCACUGUAUUGCUGGCUCCAGCCUGCCAGACGGCGGACUUUAACUUGGUGCUAGGAAUGGCAAGGCUCACUUGGAAUAUACCAAGUCCAUGUUCCGACGCUGAAAAUUAUCUUGGAGACUAUGGACUCCGGACAAGUUAUGUCCUCUAG